CAGGAAGAUAUAGUGAGUCGACAACAGUGUACGUGAAGCCGGGAGAUGACUUCAAGGGAGUUAGUCUUGAAGUGACACAAACAUUACUAUCUUAUGUACAACAUCGUCAAGUAGCUUGGUUUGGCCUUGACAAGUGUUACAGCGACAACAUGUGGAUCAAACUGAAGGUGGAUGUGGGAAACACGGGUCAAGGGAGUAUAUUGAACCUAAUUCUGCAUUUCACCCUAAACAUUGAAGGAUACAGAGGAAGAUGCAUGAGGCAAACAGCUCGGAUCAAACACAUUACUGGCCUUAGUAUUGUGGCUCACGGCUCUUCCAGCUGGACAAGCACAGCCGAAGAAACGGGCGGCAGAUGUCACGGUCCGGAAGAAUUCACGAACCUGCAGAACCCAAACACCUGCACGGAUCCGCCCGACCCUAUCACCACCACCAGCACAUCAACACCACCUCCAGGUACCACCACCACCACUACCGCAACAACAACAACAGCACCUCCAGGUACCACCACCACGACCACCACCACCACCACAUCAACACCACCACCUCCAGUGGUGAUAGCGGUGCCGAUAGCGGUGGUGGUGGCGGUGAUCCUGGCCAUUGUGGUGUGUGUGACCUACCGGAGGCGACGGCGUGGACAGGGAGAGGGGCAGCUGCCCCGCGUCGGCGGCGAGGUAGACGUCGACGACAACUACAUGGACAUGGCUCCGCCCAAGGGCCCCACCGUGCUCCCGCGUGUGGCGCCGCGGCUUGGGCAGGCCGCCUCCUGGCGCGUCGGCGGCGAGGUAGACGUCGACGACAACUACAUGGACAUGGCUCCACCCAAGGGCCCCACCGUGCUCCCGUGUGUGGCGCCGCGGCUUGGGCAGGCCGCCUCCUGGAGCGUCGGGGGCGAGGUAGACGUCGACGACAACUACAUGGACAUGGCUCCACCCAAGGGCCCCACCGUGCUCCCGUGUGUGGCGCCGCGGCUUGGGCAGGCCGCCUCCUGGCGCGUCGGCGGCGAGGUAGACGUCGACGACAACUACAUGGACAUGGCUCCACCCAAGGGCCCCACCGUGCUCCCGCGUGUGGCGCCGCGGCUUGGGCAGGCCGCCUCCUGGCGCGUCGGCGGCGAGGUAGACGUCGACGACAACUACAUGGACAUGGCUCCACCCAAGGGCCCCACCGUGCUCCCGUGUGUGGCGCCGCGGCUUGGGCAGGCCGCCUCCUGGUGCGUCGGUGGCGAGGUACAGGUCGACGACAACCACAAGAAGCCGCCCAUGGGCCCCACCGUGCUCCCGCGCGUGGCGCCGCGGCUUGGGCAGGCCGCCUCCUGGCGCGUCGGUGGCGAGGUACAGGUCGACGACAACCACAAGAAGCCGCCCACGGGCCCCACCGUGCUCCCGCGCGUGGCGCCGCGGCUUGGGCUGGCCGCCUCCUGGCGCGUCGGUGGUGAGGUAAGAGUCGACGACAACCACAAGAAGCCGCCCACGGGCCCCACCGUGCUCCCGCGCAUGGCGCCGUGGCAACAGGAGCCAGACUACUUUUACUUCGGCGACGACGAGGAGCACAUCUACGACGAGAUCCCCUAG